AAGCGGCGGAAGUCUAGAUAGACUGUCCUCUUCGCUUGUCUAACCAGUCACGGUUCACUGCUAGGAUUCCUGUAGAAACCUCCUGCAGAGUCCUGUCGAAGCUGGGGCUGAUCCUGACAGGGGGCGGGAGCCCUGCCUCCGUCCCAAACUCAGGCUUUCCAGCUGUUUUAAAGGCCGUGUUACUGGGAAGCUGUGGGGGGGGAAAAAAACCGUCUGAAGAUUCAGAGGAAGAUCAGUGGAAAAAUUUUAGCACCUAAGUGAUUAGGAGUCAAAGGUGAGAGGCACCACGGAAAUUUCUGGAAACCGGAAAGUGAACGAGCGGCUGUCUCUCUGGGAAAGAGGUGCAGACGGGAGCGCGUUUGGGGAAGAAGGGAAGGAAAGUCCAAAGACGUAAUCGAAACGCUUCCUGUUCUUUUGGGAUGGCGGGACGGGGGGGGACGGGGGGGUGGGUGAAGGAGGGGGUGGGAGAGGGCUUUUCUUCUCAUCGCAGGCAAAGUGGGGGUUUUGCAUCGAUCCUGCUGCAUUUGUGUAGCUCCUCCAUUUUGCCUGUGGAGCUGUGGAAUUUGCAUCUGGGGCAGAUCCCUUAGGUGUGUUCCAGGUGUCUGCAUGGGUGGAAGAUGACCUUUUCCAGUCACUCCCCAUUGCAUUAGCAGCCCCCCCCCCCCCCCCCUCGUGUGUACACUCUGUUCCUGCCAUUGCCACCUGUAUUAUUAACCCUUUAAGGUGUGAGAUCACAAACAUGUGACUGGAAUGUUCUCGACUGAACAUUAUAAUGCUGAUGUCACAAUCACUACUGAUGAAAGCGAUUCCUUUGAAAGCAGCGCUGACUUAGAAUUUUGAAAAAAAAAGACAUUCUGAAAACCCUACUCUUCAAAGGGUUAAUGAUGUUCAUACAAUUGUCAUCUUAGCUCCUAAACAGCGAGGAUUCAAACCUGCAACCCCCACCCCCCCCCAUGGCCUCGUCCUUUUCUCUAGCAGAGGCCAAGUAGGGUUGGGAGGAGGGUAGAAUGAUGUUGUUAAUGUUGGGGCAAAUUGAAAAUGGCCGUCACCUUUUCUUAGCAGCUUUGAGUCUUUACAGUGAUUUUUAUGCGAGUGCUUCAGCAGGGAGGCGCCCUGUUCGUCCCGCCACUUGAGAUCCGUGCCUGAAUUUACGACCGUCGCUCGAGGAAGCAGAGCGAACGACCCUUUUAAAUGCACUUUACGUUCGGCACUUCAGACGCUGGAUAAAUAAACCGGUUGAGAGGUGAACGGCUUUUACGCGCUGGCAUCCUUGCCAUUUUUCAUUAUAAAACACGAACAAAAUGGAUGCAGUGAAAGGGCAUUAGAUACUGCAUCCUUCUCUGGUGUUGUGGAUGGGCAUUCACUGGCUCAGGUCCAUGUUGACAUCACAUCGGGUUGUCUUGUGACAGCGUGCGUGGCAGCAUGUGUGUGUGAUGGUAAAGUUUCUUAUUAAUGAGCCCUCCACAAAGUGAUUUUGAUGUCACAUGACCUGCCGAUUCAGUACACGGAGACCAGCUUUCGCGAGCUUAACCGCAGGCCUAGGUGUGUUUCUUCAUGUUGUUGUUUUAGAGGUCUGGAAAAUCAACAGGAAAAUCAAAUCGCGCUCAGAGGAAGCUCCCGUCUUGUAAGGCUGAAGUGCUUAUCCCCAAAAGUCAGAUCACUUGAACAACCCUCAGGUAAAUCUGGUAAAUUAUUAACCGAUGUUCUGCUGACUCAAUACACCCAGCUUCCUUCUUAGUGAGGGGCAGUUGGCGGCGGUGGGGGGGUGGGGGGGGGAGCUGGUUAGAUUAUGUGGAUGGAUGGAGGAGCGUGUGGAGGGGUAGGGUUAGUGGCGGUUGUCAAAGGAACCGCAAAGUCAUUCCAACGUCAAGCACCUGUGUGACACCUCUGAGCCAAUCAGAUGGAGCGUUCGCGUUGCCUCUGGUUGGCUGGUUCCCUCACGGCAGACCGGAGACCCUCGUCGCUCGUCAGGAGACAGCCGGUCGUCGGGACGCCAGCCGGGCCAAAGCUGUGCCGUUCCUCUGAGCUCCAGGGACCCUUCAGGGAGGAAACUGACUUUCCCUCAGCUCUCGAACGGAGGAAAAAAGGCUCCGUCCAGCGUUGCUCCUGAAAGCAGAAACAUCCGCUGAGACGCCUCUGGCUUUCACUCUCUUUUUGCUGCUUUUGGAGAAGCCCGAACAAAAAAAACCAUGGGAGAGCUCUCGGAGGCGUCGCUCUGUCCGCCAUCGUCACGCGAUGAGACUUUCGUCUGACCGAGGCCCGACUCUGUGAUGUCACUUUAGGCGUUCUCACGACGACCACGACGACUUCAUCUCAGUGAGGGCACCUGACAACCGAAGCUUCAGCUGUAACAAAGGGUGGUCCCGAAAACUCAUCCGCCCCACAACCCUCCCCCUCCCCUCCCAAACCGGCGGCGCUUCCGUCCAUGGCCCGGCUCCAGGUGACGAGCGUGAAUGUCAGCUGGACCGGGCUUCUCCUCCUGGCCCACUUCCUGUACCUGCUGCUCGGCGCCACCAUCUUCCAGAUGCUGGAGCGCGAGGCCGAGAGCAACAACCGCAACCACUUCCAGCUGGAGAAGCUGCACUUCCUCAUGAACUACAGCUGCCUGGACGGAGCAGCCCUGGAGAAGUUUGUGCAGGUGAUCCUGGAUGCCUGGGAGAAGGGCGUGAAUCCUUCCGGAAACUCCACCAACCCCAGUAACUGGGACUUCAGCAGCUCUUUCUUCUUCGCUGGGACCGUCGUUACGACCAUAGGUUACGGGAACCUGUCCCCCAGCACCACCUCAGGACAGGUGUUCUGCGUGUUCUACGCCCUCUGCGGCAUUCCGCUCAACCUGGCCUUCCUCAACCAGCUGGGGAAGUGCCUCACUCUGCACCUGGGACGCCUGGAGAGGGGCGUGGUCUCCGUCGGGAAGCACAAGCAAUCGAUGGAGGUCCUGGCCGUGGGCUGCUUCCUGCUCAUGGGCAGCAUUCUCUUCCUGGUCAUCCCCCCACUGGUGUUCAGCUAUGUGGAGGACUGGUCGUACGGGGAGGGCUUCUACUUCGCCUUCAUAACGCUCAGCACCAUCGGGUUCGGGGACUACGUCGUGGGAACCGACCCGCACAAGCAGUACAUCUCCGUGUACCGCAGCCUGGCCGGCGUCUGGAUCGUUUUCGGCUUGGCCUGGCUCGCCCUCAUCUUCAACAUCGGCGCCAGGGUGAUGGAGCACGUCUUCCAGCUCAGGCACUCCACCCCCCAGGCCCCGGACAAGGACGAGGAACGCCAAAAACCGGAGGAGGGGGCGGGGCAGAGAGCCAUUCAGCAGGGGGUGUGA